ACGUUCAACUUUGCGGAAGUAAAACACACCAACAUGGACAGCAGUGAGCGAGGAAACCUGGAUCAGGUGAAGCACGUGGUUCUGGUUUUAUCUGGUAAGGGUGGAGUGGGUAAAAGCACCAUUACUACUGAAUUGGCCCUGGCACUCAAACAUGCAGGCCAGAAGGUGGGUAUUCUGGAUGUGGAUCUGUGUGGACCCAGUAUUCCACGGAUGCUGAAUGUUGGGAAGCCGGAGGUACAUCAAUGUGAUGCGGGGUGGGUGCCUGUAUAUGCAGACCCACAGCAGCAGCUCGCACUCAUGUCCAUUGGCUUCCUGUUGGAGGAUCCUGAUGAGGCCGUGGUGUGGAGGGGACCCAAAAAGACAGCUCUGAUUGGUCAGUUUGUUAGUGAUGUAGCGUGGGGUGAAUUGGAUGUGCUGUUGGUGGACACGCCCCCAGGAACAUCUGACGAACACUUGGCUGUGCUCGAAAACCUGCGCAAACAUCGAAUGGACGGAGCCGUGCUGGUUACAACACCCCAGGCAGUGUCAACAGGUGAUGUGAGGCGUGAGAUCACCUUCUGUAAGAAGACCGGUGUGAAGAUUCUUGGCAUUGUGGAGAACAUGAGCGGCUUUGUGUGUCCACAUUGCUCUGAGUGCAGUAACAUCUUUUCCAAAGGUGGAGGCGAGGAACUGGCCAAACUCACAGGAUCUGUGUUUCUAGGCUCAGUACCGCUGGACCCGUUACUGACAGCGAGUUUAGAGGAGGGCCGGGACUUCCAGCAGGCGUUUCCAGAGAGCAGCGCAUACACGGCCAUCAGUAAUAUAGCAGAGACCCUCUUGAGGACCCUAAAAUCAUGAAACAGUACUGACAACACAUACAUACGCUAUCCCUAUUUGAUAUCUGAUGUGUUACAGCUCAAUCAUUUGUUUUCAUUUGUUAAUGGAAAGUUCUUCAGUAGAGCAGAGAUCUGUUCGCGUGCAGUCAUUUCAUUUUUGUAUUAACAAGAAAUGUUUUAUUAAUAAUACAGUGUGUUAGUGAUGCAAGUUUCAAAUAAAAAUAUUUAACUUGAA